ACAUCUAAGCCCAGCCUUCUGCUUUCUAUUCCUGAAUUUUCCUUUGAUUAUCCUAAAUGGAGAACCGUGCCGCGAGCUGUGGUGGAGCAGCAGGAUGGUGGAUAUAUCUACUAGUUCCCCGGAGUUGCAAUAGACCUAUCUCAUAUUUCUUUGAUUGCCUUCAUGGCGAUAAAUAUGAUAUCUGUGCAUGGAAGUACUUUGCGAUUCUGCUUGCUGCUCUGCCUUGUGUAGUGAUCCUGUCCUGGUGGAGUACUGGGGGGUGUGCAUGGACCAGAAAGAAGAAAAAGAUUCCAGGGCCCAGAGGAUGGCCAAUAAUUGGAAGUCUAAUGGAAAUGAGUGGCGGUCAAGCUCACCGUAAUCUUGCUCACUUGGCCACUAUUCAUGGGGCUAAAAGGCUGAUGGCCUUCAGCUUGGGCUCCACCCGCGCCGUCAUAACCUCCGAUCCAGAUGUGGCCAGGGAGCUCUUGAGCUCUCCUAACUUCGCUGACAGGCCCCUCAAACAAUCAGCCCAGCAACUAAUGUUUGGGAGAGCAAUAGGCUUUGCACCCAACGGUGACUACUGGAGGAUGUUGCGUAGGAUUUCAGCUACUCAUCUCUUUAGUCCACAAAGAAUUGCUUUCCACGAACCCGGGCGUCAAGCCGAUUGCUCGAAGAUGCUGUGUGACAUAAGAAAUGAGUUCGCAUGCAGAGGUACCGUCGGUCUCCGUCCACAUCUCCAAGCGGCGGCUAUGAACAACAUCAUUGGAAGCGUGUUUGGUCUAUGGUUGGGCGAUGACGGAGAAGGCAGGAAGGUGAGAGAGAUGGUGGACGAGGGGUUUGAAAUCCUUGGGGAAUUUAACUGGGCCGAUCAUCUGCCGUGGCUGCAACCGCUUGACCCUCUGCGAAUCCAUGCCCGUUGCGCUCGACUGGUGCCCCGCGUUAGGGCUUUCGUUCAACACAUCAUCGACCAACAUCAAGAGUCCACCGUGCCGAGAAAGACCGCAGAUUCAGAUUUCGUGGAUGUGCUCCUUUCACUUCAAGGAGACGACAAGCUAAACAACGAUGACAUCAUCGCAGUUCUUUGGGAGAUGAUAUUCCGAGGCACAGACACGGUGGCUCUAUUUACAGAGUGGACCAUGGCGGAGUUGGUACUGAACGAAGAAAUACAAGCCCGAGCUCAGGCUGAGCUGGAGGCAGUAGUAGGGCGGGAUAGAAGCGUGCGGGACGAGGACAUAGCAAGGCUUCCAUACCUGCAAGCGGUCGUAAAAGAGAGUUUGCGAUUGCAUCCACCGGGGCCUCUGCUAUCGUGGUCGCGCUUGUGCACGGAUGACGUUGAUAUAGCAGGUGGUAUGCAUGUUCCGGCCGGGACGACAGCCAUUGUUAACAUGUGGUCCAUAACACAUGACCCGGAGAUCUGGGAAUCGCCUUAUGAAUUCCGGCCAGAGAGAUUUCUUGAGCAGAAAGUAAACGUUUUGGGUAAUGAUUUGAGGCUUGCUCCCUUCGGUGCGGGUCGGCGAGUAUGCCCGGGAAAGGCUCUGGGCCUCACCACUGUUCAUCUCUGGGUAGCGAAAUUACUCCACCAUUACAAGUGGGUUCCUUCUCCUCAAUAUCCCAUAGAUCUGACCGAGGUUCUCAAGUUGUCCUCCCAGAUGGCCAUUCCCCUUACUGCGACUCCCACAUCCACAAACCCUUAUUGAAAUCUCCCAUACUUAGGUUGCAUGGUUACACUUAUGCCAUCUUACUUUAUCAUUAGUGUACUGUUGCAUGAAAAAACUAGGCAUUCGUUUAGAAAUGAUUUUCUGGUGCAAGUUAAAAGGAUGUAAAUAAGUUUGCCUAUCGACAGACUAUUUUAGAAUAGUUUGGACGUAGUUUGUGUGGGUAUUUCUUUAGUAAUUGGCAUUUGACGGACUAUUUUAUAGUAGUUUGGACGUAGUUUC